AUGACUUCCAAGUUGAAAGGCAGCGGUGAUUGCUUUUGUUCUUGUCUUUGUUACUCGUCACUCAAAAACUCUCGCAUCCUUGCAUCUCGCAUCUUCCAUUCGAUGCCCUCUCCGAACCGUGCCGCGUACCGCUCUAGUACCAGGACGCGACGCAAAUCCCUGUCUGCCAGACACGGCAGGGUAGCAGCGCUUGUACAUGCGGCAUGCUCGUACAGCACAGAUGAAGAACAGCUGGCCGACCAGGAUGAUCCCGCUGCACCUCCACGAAACCGUCGGCCGUCGAUUUUGCCUGGUCAAAUCAUCGAUCUCGCUCAGCGGACCCCGUUGUUGGCAGCGUCAAAGCGGACUAGCCCCAAUGCACGCCCGCGAGCGUCUUCCGACAAAAGGGAUGGAUGGAAAGCAGCGGGCUGGCUGACACCGCCACACGGUCAAGGCGGCUGGCUGGUAAAUGAAUGCCCAGCCAGAGCCGUAUCAACGGGACUCCCCUGGCUUUGA